CAGUUAAGAAAUCAGUUAGUUAUCUGCAGACUGACCACUUUGUAUACAUGUACUGUAUUGUUAUUGUUCCUUCAGACAUUCAUAUCCAAACAUGAUCAGUUAAAAACAGUGGUAACUAUGUUUCAACUGCCCCUCUAAUUCUGUCGUCCUAUGAACACAAAUUUGAAACACAGAGUCAUCAAGAAAUGCAGACAAUGAAACAAUUACACAAACAAGCCUCACCAGUUCCCCAUUUACGGGACGUUGAGAUGAACCCGUAUACAUAUUCCCCCAAAUCCCACGCCAAACAACCCAGAUCUCUCUUACAAAGAUUCAUCCACUACAUCUUUAAGGAACAGAGAUUCCUCUUCAUUCUUGUCGGCAUUCUCAUUGCUUCCACUUUCUUUAUAAUGCAGCCCACUCUUUCUCGUCUCACGCAUUCGGAUCCUCGUUUCCCAGUUGGUUUGGUGGAUCAUGAGUCGGUGAGUCGUUUUGGGGAGAUUGGGGUGAUGUCGGCGGCUGUGGGGAGGGUUCCGGUGGGGAUUGGCCGGAAGAGAUUGCGGAUUGUGGUGACGGGUGGGGCUGGAUUUGUGGGGAGUCAUUUGGUGGAUAAGUUGAUUGGGAGAGGUGAUGAGGUGAUUGUGAUUGAUAAUUUCUUUACUGGGAGGAAGGAUAAUGUGAUGCAUCAUUUUGGGAAUUCGAGGUUUGAGCUUAUUAGGCAUGAUGUCGUCGAGCCGAUUUUGUUGGAGGUGGAUCAGAUCUAUCAUUUGGCUUGUCCUGCGUCGCCUGUUCAUUACAAGUAUAACCCUGUCAAGACUAUUAAGACAAAUGUGAUGGGUACUUUAAACAUGUUGGGUCUUGCCAAGAGGAUUGGGGCUAGGUUUUUACUUACAAGUACGAGUGAAGUUUAUGGUGACCCGCUUGAGCACCCACAAAAGGAGACUUAUUGGGGAAAUGUGAAUCCGAUAGGUGUGAGGAGUUGCUAUGAUGAAGGGAAGCGGACAGCAGAGACCUUGACUAUGGAUUAUCAUAGAGGGGCAGAUGUUGAGGUGCGUAUUGCACGGAUAUUCAAUACAUAUGGUCCUCGCAUGUGCCUAGAUGAUGGUCGUGUUGUCAGCAAUUUUGUUGCACAGGCCAUUCGCAAGCAGCCAUUGACUGUUUAUGGAGAUGGGAAGCAAACAAGGAGCUUCCAAUAUGUAGCAGACUUGGUAAAUGGAUUGGUGGCACUGAUGGAAGGCGAACAUGUAGGGCCUUUUAACUUGGGGAAUCCUGGCGAGUUCACCAUGUUAGAGCUUGCUCAGGUUGUAAAAGAAGCAAUAGAUCCCAGUGCAGCCAUAGAAUUUAGAGAGAACACUGCGGAUGAUCCUCAUAAAAGAAAACCAGAUAUUAGCAAAGCAAAAGAUCUUCUAAACUGGGAACCAAAGGUUCCCUUAAGGGAAGGUCUACCACUUAUGGUGUCAGAUUUCCAGAAUCGCAUCCUGAAUGAAGAGGAAGGGAAAGGGCAGAAAUGAAGAUAAUUCGGAAAUGUGUACGUGUAGAGUGAAUAUCAUUUUUUUUAUUCAUUUUUAAUUUUUUAUGAUAUAUAUAUUGGUAUAUGUGAGUAGAAACAGUCUUCUUUCCUUAAUGGGGUACCAACUGCCCCAUUUUGCAUACAUUUUUUCUUCAAAGUUGUAAUGAACAAUUUUUUGGAAGUGAAUUUUGGAGCAAUGUUUAUAUCCAAUUGAAGUC